AUGCAUUGGGAAUGGAAGAACUGCCCCUCCGCCUGGAAAGGGUUGUACACAACUGGUUUCAAGAGCAAGCAUCCCACGAUUGUCCUUGAGGCGGUAGCUGACUACCGGCUGUGGAUUUGGUAUGCAUACUUUGGAGUAGCCGGUUCGAAGAACGACAUCAAUGUCCUACAGUCGUCCCCUCUUUUCAACGACCAAGAACUUGGUGUUGGUCCGGCUGUCAGUUUCGUCGCCAACGGCAACCAGCACAACAUGGGCUGCUAUUUGGCGGAUGGGAUUUAUCCUAUGUGGCCCGUCUUCGUGAAGAUGAUCAGAUGCGCAACAGAAGAUAAGAAGAAAUACUUUGCGAGUUGUCAGGAGGCAGUGCACAAGGAUGUGGAGCAGGCAUUUGGUGUGCUCCAGAGUCGAUGGGCGAUAGUGAAGGGUCCAUCGCGGUUGUGGCAUAUGGACUGCAUCGCUGAUGUCAUAUACGCACGUAUUAUCAUGCACAACAUGAUUGUCGAAGAUGAAGGUGCAGCACUGACUGAUUGGGCCAGUGACGAUGAUGAGGUGUGUAGAGAAAAUGCCAUAUCUAGGAAGAAGGAAUUAAUCGCCCGGAGAAGGAAGGCGACAGAGAAACGAUUGAUCUUAGUUUUUGAGUUGAAUUGUGUGGAGAUCGUAGUUGAUCGGUGGAAUCUGGUUGAAUUUGUGUGGUCGGAGAUGGGAAAUGUUGAGUUUAUGAGCAGAGGCUCACGGUUUGGAAACUGA